CACGGACUCGGUGCUAUAUUUUCAUUUCAAAUCUCUCUCUCAGAUUACACACAAACAAACAAACACGCACAGAACGACGAUCGGUUAGAGAGGUUUCGUGUUCAUUAAGCAAACAUGAUUGCUACUCUCAAAGCUGAAGAGCAAAGCCAGUUACAGCUCGUGGAACGAGAAGAAAUCGAUGAUGAAGAGGACUUGUUCGAAGCUAUAGACAAGCUGACCUCCCAUGGAAUUAAUGCUGGAGACGUGAAGAAACUUCAAGACGCUGGGAUCUUUACCUGCAAUGGCUUGAUGAUGCACACAAAGAAGAACUUGACUGGGAUCAAAGGACUAUCUGAGGCCAAAGUCGAUAAGAUAUGUGAAGCUGCUGAAAAGAUAGUCAAUUUUGGUUAUAUAACUGGAAGUGAUGUCCUGCUCAGAAGGAAGUCAGUGGUUCGCAUCACAACUGGAAGCCAAGCCCUUGAUGAACUCUUAGGCGGUGGGAUUGAAACUCUGGCUAUUACUGAAGCAUUUGGGGAAUUCCGGUCUGGUAAAACACAGCUUGCACAUACUCUCUGCGUGUCUACACAGCUUCCCACAAACAUGAAAGGAGGGAAUGGAAAAGUUGCUUAUAUCGAUACUGAAGGAACUUUUCGACCUGAUAGGAUUGUACCAAUAGCUGAAAGAUUUGGCAUGGAUCCAGGAGCUGUCCUUGACAAUAUCAUCUAUGCUCGUGCCUACACGUAUGAACAUCAGUACAACCUCCUGCUUGGGUUGGCUGCGAAAAUGUCUGAAGAACCAUUUAGACUUCUGAUUGUGGAUUCAGUGAUAGCUCUCUUUCGAGUGGAUUUCACAGGAAGAGGAGAGCUUGCAGACCGCCAGCAAAAAUUGGCACAGAUGCUGUCCAGAUUGAUAAAGAUUGCUGAGGAAUUUAAUGUUGCAGUUUAUAUGACUAAUCAAGUUAUAGCUGAUCCGGGUGGAGGAGUUUUCAUAUCAGAUCCUAAGAAGCCAGCAGGAGGUCAUGUGCUGGCGCAUGCAGCCACAAUCAGGCUCAUGUUCAGGAAAGGCAAAGGUGAACAGCGUGUCUGCAAGAAAAUUCAUAUUACCCAGUUGGGAAAUACUGAAUUGCCAUCGAUGUCCUUAACAGAAACACGUAUUUCAGAUAACUCCAGGCGGUAUUGCCGAUGCAAAGGAUUAACUAGAGGAUCAGGUUGCUACAGCGCAGCUUACCAUUUUGUUUGAUAUAUAUUUCUAGUCUUAUAGAAAAGACAACAAACAAUGGAAAAGCUGCAUUUCCCUACAAAAUUAUAGUACAACCAAAAGUGUAGUCGAAGAGUAUUUCAUGUUUCUGUUUCAUAUUCCGAAGUACUCGCUGAAUCUUCAGAGCAGCCUAUAUUUUAGUUUUUCUUGUUUAUGCUACCAUGUAUCCAAUUUCUAUAAAAUGAUCUUCAAUGCAUUUUAUAUAAACCAUAUUGAAAGAUGAGAGGGUGUAGUCAUGCAG